AACGAAAUUUUUGUUGUGUUCGAAUUUUAAUUUUUUGUGUGAUUCGCAAAUUUUGUAUUGAACGGAAAUGGCCGAAUCACAUUUAUACCAUCGAUUGUUUUCGAGAUGGAUAUUUCAAUUUUAUUCAUCAUCCACAUCUAGUAAAUCUUCGCCAUCAUCAUCAUCAUCAUCAUCAUCAUAUGAAUGUCCACAAAAGGAUGAAGCUAAUCGUUUGUUCCAUGAAUUUAAUUCAAAUUAUCAUCAAUCACAACAUCAUAAAAUGACUUUAAUUCAUCACAACAAUAAUCGAACGUUUAUGGCUUUGUUACGAACAUUUGGUCAUGAAAUUAGACUACCGUUCAUAUUGUUCUUUAUACAGGAUUGUAUAAUCAAAUCAAUACAGCCAAUAUUGAUUGGAUGGAUUAUCAGAUAUUUUUCAUCAUCAUCAUCAUCAUCAUCGAAUACAUCAUCAACAAAUCCAAUAUGGAUGAUUAUUAGUUUAUUGAUUACAAGUUUAGCAUUGAUUCUUUGUCAUCAUCCAGCAAUGUUGUUAGCUUUACGACUUUCAAUGCGAACAAAAAUUGUAUGGUCAUCAUUGAUAUUCAACAAAUGUUUACAUCUUUCCUGUGAAUCUGAUUAUCAUCGAAAUAUAUCUGGAAUUCUUAACUUAUUGACCGCACAAACACGAAGAUUUGAUGAAUUUUUUCUGCUAUUUUAUCAUCUAAUUCUAGUACCUUUGCAAACAAUUGUCAUAUUGAUCAUUGCAUAUGGUUAUCUUGGCCCAUCAAGUUUGAUUGCAUUCACUAUGUUUAUUGGUUUUUCACUAUUCAAUUCUUAUCUAAGUCGACGAUUUUCUAAACAACGUUCAGCAGCAAUUGCUUUCACUGAUCAACGGUUAAAAUUUUUGAAUGAAACAUUUAGCCAUUUACGAACGUUAAAAAUUUUAGCACUUGAACAGCCAUUCAUACGACGAAUAUUUCUAGCAAGACGUAUGGAAAUCCUACAUAUUCAUUGGCCAUUAGUGGCACGUUCAAUAAUGCUUUCGUUUUCAUUGAUGUCAAGUCGAGUUAUCAUGUAUUUGACAUUCUUAUUAUCAUUGAUCAUGUUCAAUGUUGCCGAUAUUCAGGAACAAUUUUCCAUUGAAACAUUACUGGUUUCAAUCACUUUAUUUGAACGAUUACGUUUUUCAUUGAUAUGGACAUUACCACAAGCAAUAUCAUCAUCAAUUGAUAUGAUUAUUGCAUGUAAACAAAUGGAUCGAUUUCUUGAUGAACCAAAUGUUCGAAAUGAAAAUAUUCGAUCAUUAGAUCACAACAACAAACCAUUGGUUCAUGUGGAUGAAUUAAGCCUUUCGAUAAGACGUGAUAAUUGUAAUUUUGAUUUAAAAAACAUUGAAUUUAAAAUUGAACGUGGACAAAUUAUGAUCAUCAUUGGACCGGUGGGCAGUGGAAAGAGUACAUUGCUGUUUACAUUACUUGGAGAAUUAAUUGCUCGAAAAUCGAAUCAUUUCAUCGUACGUGGAUCAAUCGCCUAUACUGAACAGGAAGCAUUCUGUUUUAAUGCAACAAUUCGUGAGAAUAUUUUAUUUGGCCAUCCAUAUGAUUCGGAUAGAUUUUAUCGAAUUCUUCAACUUACCUGUUUAGAUUAUGAUCUUGAACAGAUGCCUUUGGGUGAUCAAACCAUUAUCGAUGAAGGUGGCGGUAAUCUUAGUGGUGGUCAACGAUCACGUAUCACAUUGGCACGUGCUUUGUACAGUGAUGCAGAUAUUUAUCUAUUGGAUGAUCCAUUCAGUUCAUUAGAUUCUCGUCUAGCUAAACGUAUAUUUGAUCAAUGUAUUAAACAAUAUUUACGUGAUAAAAUUGUCAUUAUGGCUACACAUCAAUUACAUUUUGCAUAUGAUCAUCAUGGUAACAAUAAUAUUCGUGUACUUUUAUUGAAUUCAGAUCAGAAACAAACAGAAUUUUAUCGAAAACCUUUACUUGAACCACUUCCACCUUUUAUUGAAAAUGAUCGAAUUUUAGAUGAACAUCAACAAUCAGAAGAAAAACAUUCUUACAAACGAAUGAAAAUAUCCGAUCAAUCAGCUGAUUCAGAUUCUAAGAUUAAAUCAACAGUUGGCCUUAAUCUUUGGUAUGAUAUGUGGCAAUAUCUUCAACGUGGAUCAUUUGAUUUUGGAUCAAUUUAUCUGGUAUUGGCUACUUCAAUUGGAACACAAUCAAUGCUUUAUGUAUGUGAUCAAUGGCUUUCACAAUGGCAAUCACAAAAAGUGAAUAUCGAAAAUUUUAUUCAAAUUUAUACGGCUAUAAUAUUGAUCGGUAUCAUUUUAGCUAUUGUUCGAUCAUUUUCAUUUUAUAAAUUAUGUCAUCAAGCAUCGGAAAUAUUCCAUAAUCAAUUAGUGGAUAAUAUUGUCAAUACAACGGCCAAUAAUGGCGAUUUUGAUAGCAAAAUUUUAAAUUAUUUCUCACGUGAUAUUGGUAUAUUGGAUGAAACAUUGCCAGCAACAUUAUUUGAAUUGAAUUUGGCUUCAUCACAAGUAUUGGCCAUUAUUUUUGUUAUUCUAUUUCUAAGUCCAUAUAUGGCUUUGAUCACUUUGAUCUAUACGAUAAUGUUGAUCACACUUCUCGAACAUUAUGUUCGUCCAUUUCAUCGGGUUCGACAAUCUGAAUUAAAUGCUAGGAAUGCUGUAUUUUCACAUCUUACAUCCACAAUUAAUGGUGUGACAACUGUUCGUGCUUAUCGUGUAAUUGAUCAUUUUCAACAACGAUUCCAUCAGCUUAUUAAUGGUCAUACGGCCGAAUUGUUUGGACAAAAUGUUUCCAGUCGAAUAUUCUGUUUAUUGGUCGAUCUAAUCUCAUUGUUUUACAUAACAUUUGUUUUGUUGGCAUUACAAUUGUUUCCAUAUAAUCAACAAUUGAUCGGUGUAUGUUUAGCUUCAAUGUUCAAUCUAAUCGGUAUUGCACAAUGGGCAUGUAAACGUGCAAUCGAUUCAGAUUUUUGCAUUAAUUCUUAUCGAAAUUUAUUGAUUUUCGAUCACUUAAAACGUGAACAUAUGAAUGAUUCGAUCAAACUUGAAGCAAACGAGAAAAUAUCAUCAAAAUUGGCUAUUGAAAUCAAACAAAUGUCUGCCUAUUAUGAUACUGAUUUGCCAAAAACUCGUGCAUUGACAAAUAUAAAUGUUCAUGUUGAACAUGGAGAAAAAAUUGGAAUAUGUGGCCGUAGUGGUGCCGGUAAAUCAACAUUGAUCAAUACUUUAUUACGAUUAGUUUGUUUUGAUGGACAAAUUCGAAUAAAUGGACAUUGUAUUCGUGAUAUAUCUACAUUCGAAUUACGUCGACAAUUCAUAAGUAUUAUACCACAAUGUCCAGUUUUAUUCGAUGGAACAAUACGUGAAAAUCUUCAUCUUUUAUUUACCGAUAAUCAACAAAAUCAUUAUGAUGAUCAUGAUCUAUGGCAAGUAUUAGAUCUAGUUGGUCUUGGAAGUUUAAUACGAUCAUUUGAAUACGGUAUAGAUCAACCACUAAUCGAUGGUAAAACAAUAAGUGUUGGACAAAAACAAUUACUUUGUUUGGCAAGAAUUUUAUUACAACAUCGAAAAACAUCCACCAGAAUGAAUUCAAAGUUAAUUAUUAUGGAUGAAGCAUUUGCACAUAUUGAUCUACAAACAGAUCAUCAAAUAAGGCAAACAUUACGUGAAAGAUUUGCCCAUUGUACAAUGUUGAUCAUUGCACAUCGUUUAAAUACAAUCAUGGAUUGUAAUCGUAUCUGGGUAUUGGAUGAUGGUAAAAUUAUUGAAGAUGGAUCGCCACUAUCAUUACUUUAUGAUGGUCAAAGUCAUUUUUCAAAACUAGUCAAUAAUAAUUGUGAUGAUGAUGAUAAAUAGAUAAAUAGUAGUAAGUAGUAGGAGUAUGAAAAUUUGACUAUGAAUACAAAAAUUUUAAUUUACUUUUCAAUUUAUUUCAAACUUGAAUCUUUCACCAUUUAAUUGAUGUCAAAUUUUUUUUAUUUUAUUUCUCGAAUGAAUAAAAACGAAAAAAAUUUUUCUUGUUGUUGA